UGUUGAGGAGCAUGUGUAAUCAAGGUCUCUUUUUACCCACAGUUACACCACCAGGUGGCGCUACAGCAGGGACAAAAAAUGUUCAUUUUCUGCUGCUUGACAUUCUGGAAGAGCUGGGCCGAGGCGACCUGAAGAGAUUUCAGUGGUACCUGAUUAAGGGUGUGGAUGAAUUUCCUUCCAUCUCAGAGGGCCAGCUGGAGGAUGCUGAUAYGCUGGUCACAGUGGAUAGGAUGGUACAGAGCUACUGUGAUGAGGGAGCUGUGAAGAUCACACUGGAGYUCCUGAGGAAGAUGGGCCGGAACAACCUGGCUGAGGAGUUAAAGGGGAAGUUGACAAAACAGGUCUGAAUGCCUUAAUUCAAUGAAAUUAAGGAUUUGAUGAAUGAAUCGAUUCGAUAAAUAUGUUAAUGUAGGGAUAAUGAUGUGAAAAUGUUAAACGCUUAUAAAAUACCUUUAUAUACUUAUGCAGUGUAUCCUACUAUAAAUCAAAUCAAAUGUUUAUUCAUCACGUGAACAGGAUACAGCGGGUGUAAAUGGCACAGGGAAAUGCUUACUUGCCAGCUCCUACAGUUGAAGUCGGAAGUUUACAUACACUUAGAUUGUAGUCAUUAAAACUCGUUUUACAACCACUCCACGUAUUUGUUAAUGUGAUUAGCAUGAGGUUGUAAGUAACAAGUACAUUUCCCAGGAUAUUGUCACGCCCUAGCCUUAGUUAUCUUUGUUUUCUUUAUUAUUUUAGUUAGGUCAGGGUGUGACAUGGGGGAUGUAUGUGUUUUGUAUU